GUCAUGAGAUCAGCUGUGUCCAAUCACAGCUGAUCACAUGGGACAUGUACACUGAUCAUCAGAGCACUGAUGAUCAGUGUGCCCUGAUGAUCAGUGUAGCUAGCUCCAGCAGUGCUACCUGUCAGUGUCCAUCAGUGCCAGCUGUCAGUGCUCAUCAGUGCCACAUGCCAGCACCCAUGAGUGCCACAUAUCAGUGCCUACCAGUGCACAUCAAUGCCACAUAUCAGUGCCCAUCUGAGCUGCCUUUCAGUGUCACCCAUCAGUGCCAGUCAGUGCCACCUAUCAAUGCCAAUCAGUGCCACCUAUCAGUGCCAGUCAGU